AAUUUUAACCUCUUCAGAGAAAGAGAGAGAGAGAGAAAGUUCGGAACAGUCGGAGCAUUUCGAAGAGAAACUGUCAUUACAUCGUAAAUGCGUAUUUAUAAGAAUUUUUGACUUUAGAAUUAAAAAAAGAGAUAAUCCGAAACCACGAUCGCUAAUCUGGUGCAAAUUAGUAUAGUAUUUAAGAAAUGUAUAAAUCGAAUCAGGAACCAGAUAUACCCGCAGCAUUGGGUUUAUUGUCUCAUCUUGAUAAUGACGAGCUGAAGGAAUUAUUAAAUAAUGAUGGGAAAUUCGAAGAUAUCGUGAAAGAUAUAAAACAGUUCAAGGAUCUUGAAACCGAAAAGGAGAUGUUAAUGGCUAGCAAUAGAUCUUUAGCUGAAUUUAACUUGUCCAAGCAACCUGAAUUAGAAGAAGGUAAACAAGUUUUAAAGGAAUUAAGUGAACAAGCUAAUCAAUUGUGCUCCAGUGUCAGGGAUAAAAUAGACGAAAUACGUGAUAAGUCUGGUACAAUGACAGUUGAUACUGCACUUGACCUGCUGCAAGCAGCGGCCGCUGAGAUUGAAGAAGAGUCGGAGGGGAUAGCGCAGAAAUUUCUAGCCGGUGAUAUUGAAGUAGACGAGUUCUUGGAUCAGUUCUUGUCUCGAAGAAAAUUAAUGCACUUACGUAAAGUAAAAGUAGAUAAACUACGAGAGAUAAUAAGAAAAGGACAUUCAAACAGCACUCCUGGUUAUCCUUCAAUCGCUUCGAAUUUCCCUGGACUAGCGCCCUCCAUACCAUAUCCAACUGGACCAGUAGCUAUGCCGAUGCCAGGAUUACCAGUUUAUAGACCAUAUUAAUGUGAAAAGUUAUGUCAUGUAUUUAUUUGUUUUUAUGAUUUUCCACUUAUAAUUUCUUUGAUCACAAGGUAUCCGAUGCUGUUUGUAUAUUAUGUCUUUUGCACAUUAAUUUUUCACUAUUUUUAUAUUGCUGACAUGUUGUAAAAGAGCUGAUUAUUACAUUUACCUAAAUCCUUCGUUAUUUAACUAUUAAUGAUAGACAGUUUUAGCGUGCUAAUAUUUCUAAAAUAUUGUCUGCCCCAUUUGUGAAAUAUCUAAAAGUUUAUGUUUGAAUAUGCAUAUUUGAAUGCAUUAAUUGCAUGCUAUUAAUAACAAUUUCUAUCACAGUACAUAGCAUAUUUCUUAAAGGACUAUAUAAAUAUCUUGUCAUUCUUGAAUUCUUCAUCAUGAUCUAUUUAAUAUUGUCCUUAUUUUAAUAAC